AUGGCGGACUUUGGAGACCAAAAGGAAUUUAAUGAAUCUUUGAGGCUCACAAACAAUGAAGUCCAUGUGAACCAAAACUGGACAGAGGAGACGCUGAAGACAAUCAGCAACUUUAUAAAAUGUUCCUCAAGUAAAGCUGACAUCAUAGUGGAUUAUGAUGAAGAUGAUGAUGAUGAUGACUGGUGUGAAAGUGAAAGAUUUGUUCAGUUCUUGUCAGACUGUCUAGAUGGGAUAUCUUCUAUACGAGAGGAUCAGAUACGUUACACUCUGUAUUAUAAAUGUAUGGCGGACUUUGGAGACCAAAAGGAAUUUAAUGAAUCUUUGAGGCUCACAAACAAUGAAGUCCAUGUGAACCAAAACUGGACAGAGGAGACGCUGAAGACAAUCAGCAACUUUAUAAAAUGUUCCUCAAGUAAAGCUGACAUCAUAGUGGAUUAUGAUGAAGAUGAUGAUGAUGAUGACUGGUGUGAAAGUGAAAGAUUUGUUCAGUUCUUGUCAGACUGUCUAGAUGGGAUAUCUUCUAUACGCUGCUGUGAGAGUUUCCUGUUGACCUGCUCUAAAGUCCUGUACACAGGAGGUCAACGUAAGGCAAAGCUCCUGCUAAAAAAGUUGGGCCAGACGAUUGAAAUAAAAGAGAGUCGUCUGAAGAACAGCUCCUGUAAAUAUCUGGGGAAAUUAAUGUCUCUUUGUAGACGAGAUCUGAGUCUGACGCUGACACCUGAAGCCAUAACUUUGAGAGGACUACAGCUGUUGUGCAAAUCAUGGCGGCAUCUUAAAACGUUGAGAAUAACUGAUGUCACAGCGAGACUUAUCUCAAAGUUAAUAAGGACAAAAAGAAAAGACACAUCUGUCAGCGUAAAAGAGAUGGUCAUCCUCAGGCAGAGCUCCACAAUCAAAGGACCUCAUCUUAUUAGUAAUCUGUCCAUAAUCCUGAGACACUGGAGCAUCAGUCAACUGGACCUCAGCAGCUGUGACCUGGAGGGACACUUUGUGACAAACCUUCUGAGUCUCCAAGGCCACAUCAGUCUCAA